CUGCGUGCCCCCUCCACUGAAGAAGGCGGCCAAAAUCCUCUCCGUGUGAACACCUCCAUCGGCGAAAAUGGCAGCUCCUUCGUCUCUGGCGAUCAAUUCCUUGACCACUCCUCCUUCCUCUUCGCCUGCGGUGUGCUCUUCCAGGUGCGAGCUCCCCGUCUCCCAAUCCGGAACCUUGAAGCUGCGCCGGAGCGGGCUCCCCGCUUCCCGGAGGCUGAAGAGGUCGGUCGGCAACUUCUCGACUUCUUCUUCCUCGGGAUUCGCUGUGGCGUGUAAGGCGGUUUCGGUGAAGCCACAGACGGAGAUUGAGGGCCUGAACAUUGCCGAGGAUGUUACUCAGCUCAUUGGCAGAACACCAAUGGUUUACUUGAAUAAUAUGGUUAAGGGAUGUGUUGCCAAUAUAGCUGCCAAGCUCGAGAUCAUGGAACCCUGUUGCAGUGUUAAGGACAGGAUUGGUUACAGUAUGAUUGCUGAUGCUGAGCGAAAAGGGCUCAUUACACCUGGAAAGAGUAUUCUAGUAGAACCAACCAGUGGGAACACAGGCAUUGGUCUGGCAUUUAUAGCUGCUUCAAAAGGAUAUAAACUGAUUUUGACAAUGCCUGCAUCAAUGAGUAUGGAACGAAGGGUUCUGUUGAAAGCAUUUGGAGCUGAACUUGUUUUAACUGAUGCGGCUAAGGGAAUGAAAGGUGCUGUUCAAAAAGCUGAAGAGAUAUUGAAUAGCACGCCCGGUGCCUACAUGCUUCAACAGUUUGACAACCCUGCAAAUCCAAAGAUACACUAUGAGACAACUGGUCCCGAGAUCUGGGAAGACACAAGAGGCAAGGUGGACAUUUUUAUUGCUGGUAUUGGUACAGGAGGAACCAUAACCGGGGUUGGACGGUUCCUUAAACAAAAAAAUCCCAAAAUAAAGGUAAUAGGAGUGGAACCUUUAGAAAGCAACAUUCUAUCUGGUGGCAAGCCUGGUCCUCACAAAAUUCAGGGGAUUGGAGCUGGUUUUGUGCCAAAAAAUCUGGAUCAAGAAUUGGUUGAUGAAGUCAUUGAGAUAUCCAGUGAUGAAGCUGUUGAGACUGCAAAGCAAGUAGCUCUUCAGGAAGGCUUAUUGGUUGGCAUUUCUUCUGGGGCUGCCGCUGCCGCUGCAAUGAUGGUUGCAAAGAGACCAGAAAAUGCCGGCAAACUCAUUGCAGUUGUGUUCCCCAGCUUCGGUGAACGAUACCUCUCCUCUGUUCUUUUCCAGUCAAUCCGAGAAGAGUGCGAGAAGAUGCAGCCUGAACCAUGAAAAUUCCGUGAAUGAUUUAUGGAGAUUAGAGAGCAGCAUUGCCUGCUGAUAUACUCUAGUGUAUACAUAUACAUCUUGCCUUUCACCAUCCUUCUCUCGUUACUCGUUCUACCAUUUGGAUUCUAUGUGGUCUGCUCUCUUGUAUUUGCGAUUGACCGCGACAAUCUUGUACUUUUGUAAUUGAGGGCUUUAAGGCCAAAAGCUUGUUUGCUUUUGCCGGCCGGCAGAACUUUUUCACUCAAUUACAGCCCCAAGCUAGCCGAGCUUCCGUUUC